GUUUGCAGGUGUAAGCCACAGAAUUAAGAGGCGCUGCUUGCUGCUUGCUAGCUAUCUGGUUCACCACGCCCCCUUCAUGAGUCCGACUUCUGGCUUGUUCCAAAAAUGUCUCUGCUGCGAAAUGUGCUUGCCGUCCAACUGUCCCGCGUCCCGGUGCGCCUGAUGUCAGGCCAGCUGGGUGACCUUGGCAGUGGAGCCGGCAAAGGAGGCGGCGGCGGCGGUUCCAUCAGGUCUGCUGGAGGUAGUUUUGGAAAAUUGGAGGCUGCCAACGAAGAGGAGUACUUCUACAAGCAGCAAAGGGAGCAGCUGAAACAGCUGAAGGGCGAGUUGCACGGUGAAAUUAUCUUUCACGAGGAGCAAAUCCAACGCCACCAGGAGGCAAUCGAGCGCCACAAGAAGCGAGUUAGUGAUAUUGAACACAAAUAAACAAUGGCCGUGAGCAUUUGGAGAGACUGGCAGGCGAAAGGGUCAAAGGGUUCCGUCUACAGAAGCCUGCUCAUGUGAAAGAGUAGAAAGAAAUCGAGUAUUAGUCAAUUAGUUAUCAUUUCAUACGUUUAACGUUGUUACAAAUCUUUUUAUAUGGAUUGAACCCUGGAGUUUCUGCGCUGAGAAAAUUAAUAAAAAUGAAAAUACUAUUCUUCUGAAGUUAACAACAAACAAACAA